AGGUGCUACUGCUCAUUGCUUGAGCUAAAGUGACUUUAUAUGCACAUCGGUUCAUUCUGAAGAUCUCAGCUCAUCAUGGAAAUACUUGAAAUGUAUGUCUUUUUGGCUGCUGUUGGACUCCCGGGAAACUUAAUCAUGAUCUAUAUUACAGCAAAAGAUAUUGAGAAGAUAACAACGGCAGGGCUCUUAAUUAUGCACUUCUCCUUUGCUAACAUGAUGCAUCUUGUUGCACGCAUCUUAACUCUUGUUAUUCCCAAGCAAGGGGGUAUAUGUUAUCCAGUAACUGGACCAUGCAAGGUGGCCCUCUUUACUCUCUUCUGUGGUCGAAGAGUAAGUAUGCUGUUAACUUUACUCCUCGGUGUGUUCCGUCUAAUGAGGUUAAUAAACAGAACCCGGAAAAUAAUCAACAUUACGCCAAGGAACAAAUGCACACAUGUUUUGUUGCUUCUGCUGUGGAUUGCGGUUGUCUGUCUGUGGUUACCGUAUAUUUUGUUGAUUCCCGCACACAGAACCAGCCAUCCGAAUUCGACUGAAACGUGUACCUGUUCAAUUCUAAUUUCCUUCACCGACGAGAAUGAUUACGUCAUAAAACUGUUCAAUAUGCUCAACGGGACUUUAAUUCAAGCAUUGGUUGUCACUCUCAUGUUUUAUGUGAGCAUUAGGAUUGUGUUGAUUCUUAGACAACACCAACGCACUGUGUCUGCAGAUGGAGCUCUAUCCAGAUACAGGAGCAAUCAGCGGGAACUUAACGCUAUCAAAGGAAUCACUGCCCUGCUUGUUUGUUUCGGGAUUUGUUUUAUCAUAAAUACAGUGCUCCGGAACAUUAUCACUUCUGCCAGUUUCUUUUGUCAAAGAUUGUUUGGUGAUUUCUAUCCUGUUGCUUCCCCCUAUAUUUUGGGAUUUGGCUAUCAAAGCUUCAGAAAUAUGUUUACGUGUGUGUCAUGCAACCCAUGUAAAAAAUCCAACAGGCAGCAUUCAAUUACUGUUUCCUAACAAGAUUGGGAUCAUAUAAAAGUGAAACAAAAGCUGAAACGUUGGGCAAGAUCUAUAAAGUAAGGACAUUAGCACUGCUUUAUACAUCUAUGGGACCGGUUAUCCGAACAAGGGGUCUUGUUUCUAUACCAUACGUCUACUUAAACAUCCUUUAAACAUUAAUGUAACCCAGUAUGAUUGCUUGCCUCCAAUAAGGAUUAAUUAGAUCUCAUUUGGGAUCAAGUUCAAGGUACUGUUUUGUUAUUACAGAGAAAAAGGAAAUCACUUUUUAAAUUGAUUUGAUUUAAAGGGGUUGUUCACCUUCUGAGGAGAGAGAUGUGUUUUGUUCUUUAAGAUUGCCUAUGACUAAGUGCUGGGUAAGCAUGAAACGCAUUAGGCUCCAUGAGGGGAAAUGCUAUGUAUUU